CAAGAUUUGAGGAGAAGAUGCCCUCUGCCAAGCACCUCCUACGAUGCGUAAUUCGAUGCGGUCGGGGUCUUCCCUUACUAGAGACCUUGAAAAAAGGAUUUACGAUCGUCUGUCCUACUUGAAAGAUUCUUUAGCUCAAGGAAAUGCGGAGGAAUGGCCAGUUACGACGCGUCGGGCGCUUCAGUUCGUCCAGGAACGCGAUUUAACACUUCGUCGUAUGAAGAAACCUCUUCUGGAAAAAACAAUUGAACGAGUUUUGGACUUUAUGAAGCAGGAGGAUAAUGAUUCAAUGGCUUCUGGCACCGAUACCGUGGUUGUGGAAAGUGACGAUGAAGAAAUUGAGAGAACAGACUUAAUCACGGUAAAGGAUACCAACACAAUGAACAAAAAUAUCACGAGUUUGUGGAGCUCUAAUACCCCGAAUAGUGCUGCUGACAGCAACCGAAGCUCGGUGGAGAGCUCUCCGGCUCCUGGUACUUCGUCUGUCAUUAAAAGAAAGGAACGUCUUAGCCGGAGUAAGACUACUGUAAAACGUCCGAAGGUAGAGAAAACGUACGAAUCAGCCAUGAACGUUACAUUGGACGAUGUCGGUGGAUUGGACGACUGCAUCAACGAAGUCCUGGAAUUGAUCGCUAUGCCCAUCAAGCACCCAGAAGUCUAUCUUUUCACCGGUAUUCAACCUCCCCGCGGUGUUCUUCUCCAUGGCCCUCCGGGUUGUGGUAAAACAAUGCUGGCAAAUGCAUUGGCUAACGAACUGGGCGUUCCUUUUAUCUCCAUCUCAGCUCCAUCCAUCGUUUCCGGAAUGUCUGGUGAGUCUGAGAAAAAAGUCCGCGACGUAUUUGAAGAGGCAAAGAGCAUGGCUCCUUGUUUAAUGUUUAUCGAUGAAAUAGACGCCGUGACACCGAAGCGUGAGAGCGCUCAGCGUGAAAUGGAACGUCGAAUUGUUGCUCAGUUUCUUACAUGCAUGGACGAUCUUUCGUUUGAAAAAACAGAAGGUAAGCCAGUAAUUGUCAUGGGUGCUACAAAUCGGCCGGAUGCACUUGACUCUGCUUUGCGUCGUGCCGGUCGGUUUGACAGAGAAAUCUGUCUCACGGUCCCUGACGAAUUAGCCCGAGAAAAAAUAUUGCGCACUAUGUCACGAGGUCUCCGUUUGAGCGGAGAAUUCGACUUUCGCAAACUGGCCAAGCGUACUCCUGGUUUUGUGGGCGCUGAUUUAAAGGCGCUGACAACGGCAGCUGGAAUUGUUGCCAUCAAGCGUAUCUAUCGGCAACUCAUUCUUCAAAAAGACGCGGCAUCAUCUUCAUCUCCCAACACUCCUUCCAUUGACCAAGAUUUGACCAGUGGUGACGAUGUGGCCAUGGAACUUGAUACAACGAAUCCCCCCUCUCUGAGUUCCAUCAUUCAUCACUUUGUUAAUUCACAUCCAGAUGCGUUGACGGAGGAGGAACUUGAGCCUCUUCGGAUUUCGGAGGAUGACUUUUUGGAAGCACUGCCUAAAGUCCAACCUUCGUCAAAACGUGAGGGUUUCGCAACAGUGCCCGAUGUUACAUGGGCCGAUGUGGGUGCAUUGAAGCCGAUUCGUGUCGAGCUGCAGAUGGCCAUUGUUCAGCCUAUUAAGCGUCCGGAGCUGUAUCACAGUGUGGGUAUUUCUGCGCCUGCCGGUGUGUUGCUUUGGGGACCACCUGGUUGUGGUAAAACGUUGCUGGCAAAGGCUGUUGCCAAUGAAAGUAAGGCGAACUUUAUUUCUGUGCGUGGACCAGAAUUGUUGAACAAGUUUGUCGGUGAGUCUGAGCGUGCUGUCCGUCAAGUAUUUUUGCGCGCCCGUGCUUCUGCGCCGUGUAUCAUUUUCUUUGAUGAGCUUGAUGCUUUGGUGCCUAGACGUGAUGAUUCACUUUCAGAGUCCUCUUCACGUAUAGUCAAUACCUUGUUGACUGAGCUGGAUGGCUUGAACGAUCGAAAAGGUGUGUAUGUGAUUGCAGCUACUAAUCGACCUGACAUAAUUGAUCCAGCUAUGAUUCGGCCAGGUCGGUUAGACAAGACACUUCUCGUGGAUCUGCCUACGGCAAACGAACGAGCUGAGAUUCUGAAAACAAUCACCAAAAAGACACCUUUGCACGAGGAUGUGAAUCUGGAGACUCUGGCCCACGACGAGCGCUGUGUUAAUUUCUCCGGUGCGGAUUUGGCUGCUUUGGUGCGAGAAUCUGCCGUAACAGCUUUACGGUCGGCGGUAUUUUCGGACAUCGCAUCUAAUGAACCUGAAGUCACUGAGCAUGCUUCAUCUGAGCCGAUACAGGUGACCAUGGCUGAUUUCAAUUUUGCCUUUAGAAACAUAAAGCCUAGUGUUUCUGACCGUGAUCGUCAAAAGUACCAACGUCUCGCGAAACGCUGGUCCUCCGCUGCCGAAUUGGAGUAGGAGGACCAAAAAAAAAAAAAAAAAAUCGUUGAGACCUGUGCAUGUGUAUUCUCUUUUGUGCUUAUCUUUUCAUCAGAGCAUGCGGUAUUGUGUUUGCUCAACUUUUGUCCUUUUGGUCACUUUUUAAAGGAACCUUUCACUGGGUGUGUGAUGGGUCAGUAACUUGUUUGUUAUCUUCAUUGAACUACAGUAUCAUUCAAAUAUCUAAUCAUUGUUUUGUGGGUUUUUUUUCGAGUCAAAUUUGGAAUUAAUUGAAUUAACUGAAUUUUGGGAGCAAUAGGCAGUAAAUGUUCGAGUAAAUUUAAUAAUAUUGUUAAUUCGUAGGAGGCGUCGGCAGGCCGAAAAAUUUUGUUUAUCACGCGU